AUGUUCGCUUGCUGCCAAGCACAUGGAGACAACCAGGCGGAAGUUGUCCAUGCACAAAUUCCAGAUCCUGGCGUGAAGGAGGGGAACCAAAUCGAAGCUCGACCGUGCCACACGUAUCCAAACGGAUCCACCUACACUGGUGAAUGGCUGGGUGCCCACAGACAUGGCAACGGUGUCCAGGUGUGGCCUGAUGGUGCUCGCUACGAAGGGAAGUGGGCCAAUGACAAGGCCCAUGGUUGGGGCCGAUUCGAGCACACAGAUGGCGACAUCUACGAAGGAAAUUGGAGUAACGACAAAGCCCACGGGCAAGGAACAUACACCCAUGCUAGCGGCUCCAAGUUUAGCGGCGAAUGGAGGGAUGACAAGCAGCAUGGCUUCGGCGAAGAAACCUGGCCUGAUGGUGCGCGAUAUGUCGGUGAUUAUUCGAACGGUCUGAAGUCUGGGAGAGGUGAUUUCACGUGGGCUGACGGAUCCAGUUAUUCAGGUCAGUUCUACGAAAACGAUAUUCACGGCGAGGGAAAGUACAGUUGGGAAGACGGCCGCGUCUAUGAGGGCCAGUGGGACAAGAACCGCAUGCACGGUGUGGGAAAGUUCCGAUGGGCCGAUGGGCGCAUCUACGAAGGUGGCUACGUCAACGAUCAGAAGGAGGGCCGAGGUAAAUUUUCUUGGCCCGACGGACGCUCUUACGAGGGACAGUGGGCGGAAGGCAAACAGCACGGCAGUGGUGUUUUCACAAAUCAGAAAGGUGAGAGAAAAGCGGGGGAAUGGCUUAAUGGAAAGAGACAAAACUGA